GCUUGCUGCAAGUUCAUAUAGCCCUUACACAGUCAUGCAUUGGGAGAGCGGCAACACUCACCGGAGGAAAAGUUCCACGUCACACGCUUCGGGAUCCGUUUCAAAAAGAAAGUCGCGCCAAAUGCUCUCGAUCCGCUCGCUCCAUUCAUUAUUAUACAUACACAGCGAGCGGUUUGUGCUGGAUCAAAGCUCACUGAAGAGCAGCUACAAAAUGAGGCUACUGGGCUCAUUUCUAGGAGCCUUGUGCUUCUUCUUGCCGUUUGUCCUAGGAGACCAAGCCGCCGAAACCUUUAAAUACGAGUCCGACAUCACCCGUCUCCGAUCUCUUGUCAUUCAUUCUUUAUACUCCCACAAGGAUGUCUUUUUACGAGAAUUACUAUCCAACGCCAAUGAUGCGUUGGAGAAAUUACGUUUGACAGCCUUGACAGACCGACAUGUCAUGAGCGGAGGCGAAGCCAACGUGACUAUUGAGAUACCGGGAUUGGCAUGACCAAGGACGAACUUGCCAGAAAUCUCGGAACCAUCGCUAGAAGUGGAACCACGGAAUUCUUAAAGAAAGCAGAGGAGGGGACCGGAGCCGACAGUAAUCUCAUAGGACAGUUUGGGCUUGGAUUCUAUAGUUGGUCAGUCUG